GUAUGGCGGCUCUGUUUUGUUCAGCUGUUUAGCAAUGCGAUUCUUCCCGACAUUGGCGUCUCAGACUAUUCAUGUCCGCCUGAGUUGAUGAGGAAAAGUAAGACGAUCCCGACGAAUGUCAAUUCCGUCCGUCCAGCUGACAUCAAACUUGUCAUGGCCCUCGGAGAUUCGCUGACGGCCGCCAAUGGAGCAGGCGCUGAAGAUCCGGUAGGAGUCAUCCUACAAUACAGAGGACUGGCUUUUCAGGCAGGAGGUGAUAAUUCACUCGAGCAGCACGUCACUAUUCCAAAUAUUCUGAAGAAGUACAAUCCCGAUCUUUUUGGUUAUUCUGUCGGCAUCGGAUCACCGAAUGUUUGGGAAGUGUCUCGCUUGAAUGUAGCGAUGCCCGGAGCUAUUGCAGCCGAUCUUCCUGGACAGGCUCGUACUCUCGUUUCACUGCUGCAUGCUCAUCCAGAAUCGGUCAACUUCGAAAAUGACUGGAAACUACUAAACAUCUUCAUCGGUGGUAACGACAUGUGCUCAUUCUGUAAGGACCGGGUAAGUGCCGGCGAUAAGCAAUUCAUGAACCAGGCCGUCAAGAUCAUCUACGACAAUGUACCAAGGGUGAUCGUUUCCAUCACUGCCAUGCUUCAACUCGAAAUCCUACGACAAUCAGACAAAGGACGAGUAUUCUGUCAGGGGCUCCACAGAGAAGAAUGCCCAUGUGAAAGUGACGCGAAGGACUUCAACAAUACUUAUUUGGCAAACGCUUGUAUUGACUAUGCGAAUCGCGAAAUGGCUUUUGCAGCUUCGGGAAAGUAUGACAGGAGUGAUUUUGCCGUCGUUACACAGCCGUUCUUCCGUGAUAUCAGCACUCCUCCCAUGAAGGAUGGAGAAGUAAACAGACAGUUCUUCGCCCCAGACUGCUUCCAUUUCUCUCAAUGGGGCCAUGCCUUGGUAUCGACAUGGUUAUGGAAGAACAUUAUGGAACCAGUUGGAGCAAAAACAACUCAGGGAUCUGCAAGUGAACCAUCAUUGCCAUUAGCUUGCCCUGACGAGGUAAUUCCCUUCAGAACUAUUUCUGCCAGAUCAUCUCUCACUGCAAAGCAAUUCAUUACAGGCUUGUCCGUUCAUUCGAACCAAUGA